CUGCGCGAGACGACCGUUAGAUCCGAUUACGUAUUUCUACACAUGAGUUUAGCCAAAUAUUUUUUAUAACUAAUCCAAUCUGGUUUAGCUAGCCAACGUAGCCAUGACAUAGUUAACAAGUGUGAUCAAGGAUUUCUAUCUUCAUAGUUUACUGUCUUUCUUAUCGCUUUAGUGCCGCGCGCAUGCUCAGAUGGUGGCCUUGGCGAUGUCGAGAAGAGUUAGCAUUAGCCAUAAUAGAAAUAACAAAACACACCACAGCAAAGGUAGGAAACGUUAACCAACGUUUAAGCAACUUCAACAAUAAUGUUAAUUUCAGUCGCUUCAGAGAAGUUAAACAGUGUGAAAACCAUAUAUAAAAUAUCGUUAGCAAGCUAGCUAGCCAGGUUAGCAUAACACAAUCUGUGACGUAGUUAGCGAGCUAAUUUAAAGGGAUAUUCGUCUAAAAAUACAAUCUAAUGAUUUCAACUUGCCUUGGCUGUUAGAGUAUCCUACUGUUUGUAUGACUUUCUAUUUAUCCACUGAGCUGAUCCGGAUUUUUUUUAAAGCACAGGAGGAUAUAGCUAAUAGAUUUGGUUACAUUUCAUUUAGAGGAUGACCACGUCAGAUCUCUACCCUCCAUGGCCGCACAAACUGAAAAUGGGUUUUUACAUCUGAAACAGUACCUCAAAGAGAUGUCCUCCAUGAAACAAGCUUUGAACACAGGGCGUCCUUUGGUAAUUUGCUUGAGGGACCAGGUAUUUUAGCUACCUACUCUAUAGGAAUGAAUUAUCAAUCUAUCGAUGGAACAGUUUUAAUGUAACAUCACGUUUCUGUAUUUAAUAGGAUAGACUUCCACCCAUACCAAAGAAAACCUCACCCAGAUCUACUAAUGACAAGAUUGCUGCAGGUAGGCCUAUGCUAACAUUUGGAAUAUAUCUGUCCCUUUAUAAGUGGAGAAAAUAGCUGCAACUGUGUGUGUUGUUGCCAACUAUGUUCUUCCCUUCACUCCCCCUGUUGCUAAUAAAGAUAUAGCAUGCACCAUGUCAAUAAACCAGCAUGCUCUUGAUCCAGCAGAAGAGGAAAUAUUAAGGUGUGUAAAUGAUUUUUAACAAAUCAUAUUUUUUAUUGCACCAACACUUUCUUUAAUGGCUAUGUUAUAACCGACCUUCAGGGGCGUCAAUACCAUAUUUUACGUUUUAUACAGAAGGAUCAAAUUCAGGAGGGACGAGCACAUAAUAGAGAAGCUUCAGUGGAUCUACAAGAUACUUUGUGGCUUAACCAACAUGAGGAAUAGAGACCUGAAAACACUGGUGGGUGACAUUCAGUGUUCAUUCAGGGUUCAUUUGUUGUUAUAAUAAAUGACACAAUUGUACAGUAAAGUUCUGUAUUUCUCACCAAGUUGCCUCUUACAAGUGGGUAUGUGAACAUCAUCAUGAAAGACACAGAUAAAACCAAUGUUCUUUUGAAGAGCUCUCAGAGGUAACCAAACUAAACCUAUUUAUAUCACCUCUUACAAUACCCAUUGACUUACAAAACCUAAAUAGCUAGUGUAUGGUAACCUUCUUGAUUUAACUGCAUUCAAAUGAAAGCUGUUUAACAAUUUUUUAUUUUAAUAAUUCAGAUGUGAUUCUAUGUUGUCAGGUGUCUGAUUCCAUUUGCACCUGAGGACAUGAACAUCAACCCAGACUUGUGGGAGUCAUUCAUCAAUCACCAAGACCAAGGUAGUAACAUUGACCACAGAUCUUCAGGGGAAUAACGGUACUAUCAUUGUUUUUAAUGGUAUUUGUUUUUGUUCUUCAGAGCCAAAAUCACCCUCCGCUAAGUUUGCUGGGUAAGAAAUGUAAUACAUACAGUACAUUGGUUAAAAUCCAUAUAUGUCAUUUAGCAGAUGCUCUUACCCAGAGCAACUAGGGUUAAGUGCCUUGCUCAAGGGCACAUCGACAGAUUGUUUUACCUAGUCGGCUCUGGGGUUCAAACCAGCAACCUUUCGGUUACUGUCCCAAUACUCUUAACCUCUAGGCUAAUUGCCACCCCUAAUUAAUUAAAGUUUAAUGGUCAAUUCCACCUUAAAACAUUGCAGUUGUAAGCCUGUCCAGUUUGGACUCAGAAGGAAGGCAGGUCUAAAGGAGAUAGAGAAUGAAACUGGGGACCUACCUCCUUGGCUGAACCUGCUCUUGGAUGAGAAAAGUUAGUACAAAACCAUUUUGAUUUGCAGUAUAACAAAUAUAUAAGGACAAUAUAAUGACACUUCAGUAUAAACGGCAUAUAACGGUUUACUUGGGUCUGAAAGUCAGCUUGAUACUGAUAUCUACUAUUUACUUUCCACAGCCACAUAUGAGAAGGAUCCUCAGAAGUGAGUAUCAGUGGCCAGGGUUUAAGACAUUCAUGAGAGUAGAAUGUAGAUAUACAAUCUUGACAUUUUUUUCAGACCAAAGAACAGACAUGAUAUGCUGGAACGUGUCAGAACAAAGUUCAUCGAAAUCCAGAGAUCUAUGAACAAUCAGAUGGAGACAGACAUGUUUGAGAAGAAAAUGUAAGUUGUUGUAAUGAUUCCAAUAUAGGCCUGUGUAAUCUUAGACUUUUCCUCUCAUAAAAAAAAAAUGGUUUGAUCAAAACAUAAAUGCAAGUGAUAAAAUGUAAAGUAUAGGCUCAGUAUGUUUAAUUUGUUUUGUUUAGACACCGAGAGGAGAGAAUGAGGACUCUCCUGGAUGCGUUGAUGGCCUCAAGGAAAGAGACAUGUCUACAUAUGCUGCUUUCCUCCCUAAAACAUGAGCUCAGGGAACCAAAAUCUGCGCUUUUAUUUUGGUGAUUUCCUGUUCUAUGUUAGCCUACUAUGUGGCACUUGUUCAUGGGAAAAUGAAUGUGAAAUACAGUAAAUGUUGACAUUUUUUCUUAGGUACAAAAUCCUGAAGAGCGAUGUCUCAGAACUGUCCGAUGACAGGGACUUUGAGUACAGGACCAUCCUGCAGAAGAUCGGCCAAUUCCACAACUUCUCUCACAAGAAGUUGCCCUACUCAAAGGUAAUCCAUCCAAAUUCUCUGGAAGUGAAUAGAUUCAUGGCUAAUUUCUUUUUUUGAACACUUGUAUCAGUGUAUCAGAGUUUGUUUGUGGAUUGUUAGGGUAUGACUGACCAUUCAUUAAAAAAGAAACCCUGUUCUUGUUUAUAGGAGAAAUUUUGCCUCCUCGUUCUCUCUCUGCCAACGAAUCAGCUUCUCCGACCAGCCAUGCAAGAUGCUCUGAUGUUUCUCACUGAGAACGUCUUCCAGCUCCUACCCCGACAGCUCAAGCACUGGUAUCAGUAUCUCAAACUGCCCUUUUAUGACGCAUCCUGACUCUUAAACUCAAGUCAUCCUCAGAGGGCUGCCAGCCAAUGGUUGUUAUUUUAGUUUAAAUUAUAUUAAAUGUAAUUUGUUUCAGAAAUAUGGACUGAUCAG